GGGCUGAAUGGCUACUCUGCACAUGCAACUGGAGCAUCCCUUUCUCGAAUUUUCGGUUGCCCCGAAGUUGAAUAUGUCGAAGCUGACGGCAUAGUUUCCAUUUACGAUGGCCUUCAUGACGCGAAUGGGGGGCGUUCGACAGAGUUCAAUGAUGUCUCAGCCGAAAUAAGGAAUGACCCAGGUGAACCCGGAGGACCCGGCUCUGAGCGGCCAGUGGAAAUUGGGGUCAUGUCUACCGGUGUCAUUCAAUCCCACUCCGCCUUUAUGAACGAGCAGGGGACAGGGACCCGUGCCGUCAAUGGCGGUAAUCCCUGGGUUGAUACCAACGGUUAUGGCACGAAGGUGGCCGGGAGGGCAGCGGGGAAAUUGUAUGGCCCGGCACCCGAGGCGACCAUUGUUCCGAUCAAGGUUUUCUCCGAUUUAGGCAAGGCACUGACGAGCGACAUAAUCUUAGCCCUCGAAUGGGCUGCCCAACGAGUUCUAUCCACUCAACCCCGACCCCAUUUCGUCUUAAUAAUAACCGCCAUCUCCCCGCUCGAUUACACUUUUAAUUACGCCGUCAAUGUUGCCGGCGACGAGGGUUUGCACAUUAUAGUCCCUGCAGGGGACCACCACGAGGACACAUCGGGUGUCAGUCCUGCUUCCGCUUUUCGCUCUAUCGCUGUUGGCGGUAUUGAUUGUAGGAAUCAGAUUGCAGCGUUCUCCAACUAUGGAAGUGCGGUUCAGCUUUUUGCCUCAGCCAUCAAUGCUCCCGUUCCCACGAUCAACCACGCGUGGGGGUUUAUGAGUGGCACUGUGAUGUCAGCUGCAUGGGUUGCGGGUGUGGCAGGCAAUUGGUUAAGGCACCAGCAAACACUGGUGACGCCUCGUGAGCUAAGGGAAACUUUAACGCGCUACGCCACCAGAGACAUCCGGGAUCCAACUGGAAAAAUGAAGUGGAGGGUACUAGCCUGGUAG